AUGUUGUUCUUCCUUCUAGUUGUUUUUUUGUCGGACGAGAGUUUGGCGCAAGGAUGGGGUCAGCAACCGCCUUGGGGUGGUGGGGGAUUCAGGCCAUGGGGGCCACCGCCGCCACCAAUUCCUCCGCCAGGAUUUGGUGGGAGACAUCAUCAUGGACCAAGAGGACCUCCACCUCAGGAAGGUGGAUUUGGAAAUAAUGGUGGACCAAGAGGUGGAGAAGGAGAAGGUGAGUUAUAAUCUGGGUAAUCCGAUUUGUGAAUUUUUUGCAAGGAUCACUUGGAAAUAGGAAAGUUUUUGCUAUAAAAGUAGAAUUUGUCACCUUGAAAACUGAAAAUUCGAAUUUUAUGACAACCUAAAAACAUAGAAUCUGAUGCAAAUAUUUUUGAACAAAUUUCACCGAAUCCCUUCCCCCAAAUUUUUCUCCAAAAUAAAAGAACAUUUCCAGUCCGCCAGAUCAUUCAAAUUUUCGAAACCCGCCUUCCGCCACCAGCGUCCAGAUUCGGAGGAGAUAUUCUAAACGAUUUCCGAAGUUUCCACAAAAACCACCGCCAUUUUUCAAGAAGAGAUUGGGGUCAAAACAUCCGUCAUUUCUGCCAUAGAUUCCCCGGACAUCCAAAUUGUCGGAAAGGUCGAAUUCCUGAUCAAGCUGAACUUCAAGAUAUGAUCGAACAAAUGUCGAAAGGUGGAAUUGGCCGAUUUUUAAGAAAAGUUCCCCGAAUUCAUAUCGAAGAUCCACUUGGUAAUGUAGAUCAAAAUUUGCGAGAUUUCGUGAAACCUAGAGGUUUUGGACAUUUGGAUGAGGGACAUAGAAAUAUUAUUCGUGAUAUUUGUAAAUCUAGAAAAUGUAGAGAACAACCAGAGAAUGCAAAGAAAAGAAGAUUGCUGUUCACUGAAAAAUUGAUCGAUUUUGAGAAAAGUGUGACUGGAAAAGAUACUUCGGAUGUUGUACAACUUAGAUUUGAUCGAACACUUCAAUUGAAAGAGGCAUUGUUGGAAAAAGGAAAUUUGGCAGCGGAUGUGAGUUUUUUUUUUGUUGAAAAUAAUUUUGAACUUUCGCCUUUUCAUUAUGUUUUUUCUGUUUGAAAACUGGUUGUGUAAUAAUUUAUGUUACAUUCUGACACAUUUAUUUGUUUGAUUUGAUGACGAAUUUUUCUAGGAAAGUUUGAUCUUGAAAAAAUAUUACAAUUAGGGUUCGUACUAAAAAAAAUGAAUCCAGAGAAGUUUUUCAGCACCUUUUCACAGAUAUUUUUAAAAAAUUAGAGUCCUCCCAGGUUGCUCCAAUGGAUGAUGGAAUCUAUGAUCUUGACACAAUGCUCACAGAAGAGCAAGCCAAUAUUUUGCUAAAUGAACUCAACAAGGCUGGUGUUGGAAAUGAUGAAAUUCCACUUCCAGAGGAUGACAAUGCUACUGAAACAGCAUCAUCUUCGACUCCAGAUGCAACUUCUCCCACUUCAAGAUCUCGCAAAUCAGCACUGUAUUUUGAAGGGAAUCUGAUUAAAAAAUGGGAUCCCAGCUCGCCAAUCAGAUAUGUUAUGGAUUCAUCUUUAGGUGAGAAAGAAAUUGGAUUUUAAAAAAAAUUGAUAACAUUUAUAGAGGACAUGGAGAAAAAUGAGGUUCGAGCUGCUAUUUUCGAAAUCGAAUCAAAUACUUGUAUCAGAUUCCGAGAAUUGGCCAAACCACCGAAUGGAUCGCAUAUUGUUUAUUAUAAAGUUGAUAGUCCUACUUUGUGAGUUACAGAUUUUUUUCGGCUGAAAAAUUGAUGAGAAUUUUUUUAGUUGUGGACUUUCCUAUGUUGGAAGAGCAGAGCCAGCAAAUCCAGUAUAUUUGAGUUUUGGCUGUGAGAAUGUGAGUUUUUUGCGUUUUGAAAAAGUUUUUAAAACUUUUUAAAGCUUCAUAGGCAACUUCAAAAAAAAUUCUACCUUACAGAACAAAGGAGUUGCAAUUCAUGAAACUAUGCAUGCUCUCGGCGUUGCUCAUCAACAACUUCGAAAUGACCGUGAUCAAUAUAUAACAGUCAAUUGGAGCAACAUUAAUCCUCAGCAAUACGACGCUUUUGUUGUUGUUGACUCGAAACUCUACACUUCUUAUGGUGUGAAAUAUGCUUAUGACAGUAUUAUGCACUAUAAUGCUUACAGUGGCGCGCAAAAUUUUGCUAUCGCCACAAUGACACCAAAAGUGAGUUGAUUAUUAUGAUGAUCAAAAAAGUUUUGAGUUUUUCAUAUUCCAGAUUGAUCCUUCAAAAAAUCUUGGAAUUCUUGGACAACGUGAAAAAAUGGGGAAGACUGAUAUUGAAUUAUUGACAAAAAUGUAUUGCCAACCUGGAUGUGAGGAUAAAAAUGUGUAUUGUGGAGCUUGGGCUUUGAAAGAUUUGUGCGAUAAUCCGAAUCAUAAUCGAUUUAUGGCCAGUAAUUGUGCAAAGAGUUGCAAUAAAUGUAAAUGAAGCUUUGAUUAUUUCACUUGGUUAUGUUUUUAUUUUUUACUGUGUAUUUUUUUUGAAUAUAAGGUUUGAGGUGGGCAAACUCCAGAAUCGGCCCGGACAAAAACUUUUUUCGCCUGGAUAUUGGAUCAUUUUUUGAACUGAACGGGCUUUUUUUAUUUUUUUAGACAUAAAACAAUUCAAUCAAUAAAGCGGUAUUUGUUCAAUAGAAUUACUUAUUUGAGUUUUUUUCCGUGUUGUUCUGUAAAUUCAGUCGGAAACAGAUUUUUUUCAACAUUUACUAACUCGACCCCUCUUUUCAAUUGUGGGCUCAAACAAUUCGCAUAAAACUCUAUUUGAAUUUUAUUUCUCCAGGGUUAUUGGGUUUUUUUUUUGACAGAUUUUUGUAUGAGGCUUUUUUGAAAGAUAUGUAGUCUUAUUGUUAGAACAAGGUUUCGGAGCUUCUUUCUUUUUUGAUAUAUUUUUAGUACCAUUUUGCAUUCAUUAUUCUACUAUCACAUGAUUCAUUCAAAUCAUUUUUCUCUUCUGCUCAUAUCCAAACUCGAAAACAAGAAGAAGUAUGAUGAUUUGAAAAUCAUCACGCCUCUCACCUCUUUUAAUAAUUAUAAUUCAACAAUUUUUAGCAUUCCGUUUCCUAGGUGAAAAUCCGGGUUAAUUGAUACUCUUUCAUUUACUCCUUUUUAUUUCAUUAUUCUACUUUAUUCUUUUUGGGUGGUUUAUUGAUUUCUAUACUUGUUUAUAUUUUCAGAAACACUUACAACAACUCCACGAAAAAUGUCGGACAACAACAAGCAACCAAGUUCCAAUGAAGCAGAUGAGUGAGUUAAAUUAAUAUUUUGAGAAAAGUUCAUGUUUAAUUUUGUAGGGAACUUAUGGAUACUGUGCAUAUUUUCACCCUGUCACCUGAAGAUCCAGCUGAUGAAACAGACACAACUGGAACCAGCACUGAAGGUGAAACAUCAUCUCGAACACUUCUAGAUGAAGAAGCAUGUCCAUCGCCACCGCAACCUCCAACAACAUCAACUCCAAUGGAAUUUUCUCGAUUGUUGAACAGUGUUAACGAUUUCUUUUCUGAUGAAAUUAGCCACCAAAUUUUUCAAGCGGAUCCACUUUUCGACGAGGUUUUCGAAAGUGAACCAAAUUUUGGUUUAUUGCCUCGUCAGCGUCAAGAAGAGAUUUUGAGCGCUCAUGUUUGGGCUUGCUUUCAACAAGCGUUUUUUGAGAAUAAUCGUAUACCUUUACAAUUUGUGGAACAACAUGUGGAUGUUGAGAUAAUGGAAGAAGGUGAUGAGCAUCAAGAUCAAGAUCAAAAUCAAGACCAAGACGAAGACCAUGAUCAAGACGACUCUAACAUGGAUUCUUCAUAA